AGCUGUCUUACCUGAGUCAGUUGAUGCUGCUGCCCUCAAGAAUGAAGCGAGCUGAACCCUGGGCAUUCAAUCGGAUAUGGCAUCUUCCCUUGCUAUCCAUGCGGCGCGACGACAUCCUGGGCAUCGGGCCGUGGUCACCGACGCUUGGCGCCGCGUCUUUCAGCCUCGCCAGCAUCUCCGCGCUGAUGAGGAGCGUCGAGGAGACGAUCAAGAAUUGGGACCUCUGGCUUCGCCGUCUGCAGGCCGAGGCGAACGAACAGUUGCACCUGAAGGACAUCGGCCGCGGCUUCCUGUCGCGUCCGCGCUGGAUGUCAAAGCCGAUGGCGCCCAACCUCGUGGAGGUUGCUCUCGGUUUUCCGAAAAUGGUGGCCGACGCGCAGAUGCCAUGGUUGUCGGUGCCGGCCGUCUGCAGCGCCGCUCUUGGCCCCUGGCGUGAGGAGAAAAUUAAGCUGGCUGUCGCCCGCCCGACUGCGCGUCCUCGCAUGCAGCAGCGUUUCGUUCACUCCCACCUUGCCUCGUCCCUCCUCGCUGAUCCCCCCCACGCCCCCGACCUUUCUCGCUCGUCUUCGCGCGUGGCUGCCACAGAAUGAGGUCGCUCGCUCUUCGCAGAUCGAGCGGGAGCCCAUCAAAGCGGUCCUCAUUUCGUCCUUUCCCCCCCGCGCAUUCGGCCCAUCUCAAGACAUGGCCGGGGGGGGGGCGACCAGCCGUCGGCUGCACGCCAAAGAGCGUAAGGCCCGUGGUCCUCGCGUGUUUGGAUGCUCUGCUCUGAGCUUCCUGAACGCCUCUGACUGCAUGCCUCACCAUAUGUUUCGUUUUCAUGUAUGGCAUGCUGCAUGUCGGUCCUUACGGCGCUCUCGAAUGCCAGAGCGGGCCAUGUGGUGUUGUUCUCUACAUGCACACAUGUGUCCGCGUAGGCUUCUCGGGACCGUGUGGGCGCCUCUUGAGCGCGAUUGAUAUAUGUAUGUAUACUCACGACUCUAUUGGCGCUUCGCGCCAUGGCAC